AAAAAAAAAAAAAAAAAGAAAGAAAAAAAAAAAAAUCUUUCAUGUAAAUGUAUAAAUUGAGGAGUGGCUAAUUCUGUGAAAAAGCACAAAACAUUCUUACACUAUUUGUCUCCUAAGAAAGAAGAUUUUUGCUACAUCAAUGGCUGCUUCAGACACUCUUCUUCGUCUACUUGUUAUUCUCUUGGGCUUCUCUCAUCUAAUAAGCUUGAAUGCUAUCCCAGCUACAAGGAUUGGAAGCCUAAUGCAUGGACCUUCAGUUCAUGAUCAAGUUACAGAGAAGACUAAUCAAAUGGUAGCUAAAGAGAGUUUCUGGGAUGAACAAGCUACUAUCAAUGGAAGAAUGGAUGUGGAGCUCCAUGAUUACCCGGGUUCAGGGGCAAAUAACCGCCACACUCCGAAGCCGCAAAAUGCAAAAUGUGCUGAUUGUUAGGUUUGUGUAGGUAGAGAGGGGUUGGGGGUGAUAUGAUAGUGUUCUAUGUGUAGUGUAUAUUAUAAUGUUUUUAUGGUAAUUUGGGAUAAGAUUUUUGUUAAUUUCCUCGUCAAUAAAUUAAGUUGAUUAGGAAGUGGGAGGUUUUAGAGUAUCUUGACUUAGAAGGUAUAUGAUAUUUGUAUGUAAAAGAGAGAAGCGAAAAACUUAUGGGAGAUCUGAACUAUGAGAGCUAAGUUGUUGAUUCUAUAAGUUAGCUAUUUUGUAUCAACUUUGAUUGUCAAUUAAGUAUGAAUAUGUUAAUAUACUAUGUAUUAUUAUCAAUCACAGCAUGCCAUUGUUGUGUUGUGAUGUGAUGGAAAUUUAAAAUCUUUGUGCUCUUUGUUUAUCCUAUUAUAA